UAUCGCCACCGUAGUGUCAUGGUUGACAGCCGAUCAAUGAAUUUGUACUACAGUAGUGAGUAAAUCGGUGUUGUGUGAUGGAAUUAAUUUAAAUGUUGGAUUUGUUGGUGUGGGGGCACAAUGGGGAAGGACCAGGAGUUGCUGGAGGCGGCUCGCAAAGGCAACGUGGCCAUCGUGGAAAAAAUCUUAGGGCAAAGGGCUAAAAGGAGUGGCCCUCUUGCAAGCUUGCGUCGGGGGCCAGGAGCCAACGUGCAAGAUAGCAGCGGAUAUUCCGCCCUCCACCAUGCCGCCCUCAACGGACACAGAGAAAUCGUCAAACUCCUACUGGACCACGACGCAUCCACGAAUAUCGUUGACGUAAAAGGAUCAUCGCCUUUGCAUUUGGCCGCUUGGUCGGGAAAUGUCGAAAUUGUGAAACUACUGCUGAGCGGACCGUCGAUUUGUAACGUGAAUUUGACGACUCAAGAUGACGAGACGGCACUUCAUUGUGCUGCUCAAUACGGCCAUACCGCCGUCGUAUCCCUUCUUUUGGAACACGCUUGCGAUCCAGGAAUUCGCAACUGUCGCGGGGAGACAGCCCUGGAUUUGGCGGCUCAGUACGGGAGAUUGGAAACGGUCGAAUUGCUGGUCAGGACCGACCCCAGUUUGAUACAAUGUCUGAAAAGAGCCGCUCCGGACACUGUUUUUCCCCAUACGCCGCUGCAUCUUGCCAGCAGGAAUGGGCACAAGGCCGUAGUUGAAGUAUUAUUACGAGCAGGAUUCAGUGUCAACAUGCGAACGAAAUCUGGGACGGCCCUGCAUGAAGCCGCACUUUGCGGCAAAGUCGAAGUUGUCAGGACUUUACUCGAACACGGGGUUAAUACGGCUAUCAGAGAUUCACAUAAUUACACGGUUAUGGAUUUGUUGAGUCAGUUUAAUACGGCGCAAGCCUCGCAGGAGAUCAUGGGGAUUUUGAAACGGCAUAAGAAGGGUAUGACGAUAGUAGAUAGUGAUGGCGAAAGUAUAAGUCAUCCGUUCCCGCCGCUUCCGAGUACAGACUCGGAUAUCGGGAGUCCUUACGAGAAUGUCCGACCGUCGUCGAAGAACGCUCGGUCGUCCACGACGGAUCCGUCACCUGGGACUUCCCCUCAAAGAUGGGAUUUGCGUCAUGCGAGACCGCCCGAGGGAUUUGAAGAUCGGAGAGUUUCGGGCGUUUCCGGAAUUUCGAUGCGUAACACCAAACCGUACCAAAGCUUACCCUUAAAAAAACGUGAUUCAUCCGAUUUGUCACCCUUGGAUGGCAUAACCUUUAGGUUUAAGGAACAAAUUUCGUUUCGAAAAUUCAGCACGACUUCGACUGACACUUACCAUACAGCAUGCGAGUGUAGAAAUUCUGAUUCUUCCAGGGAGAGCGAUAACAGUCUGUAUCAGAUUCCUUGCGUUCCUAAACAGUUUAUGGACUCUAGUGUUCACUCGGAAGAUUUAAAUUAUCUUUGCACGAGUCGGGAAUCUGAUCAGAUUAGUUUAUCGUCGACGGCAUCGAGUUCGGGGUAUCCCCGGCGUCCGGAUUCCGGCGGAGUCCCCCUUUAUAUCCCGAUGAAUAACGUGCGAGGGGGGCACAGCCCGAGCUCUAAUAAAGUUUCGCCUACGCCUCCGAAGAAGCCACCACGGAGGAACCUUUCUGUGUCUCCAACCCAUCUCCAGCCCAUGUCGAUGUCAGUCGAUGGUGUCUCCAAUAGUGCUUAUGAGUACUUAUUUUUGGCACAUAGCGGUACCAGAAGUCAGGGGAAUUUGAACGACGUAGAGCUCGAAGCAAGACGAGAACGGCUAAGUCAUGGACGAAGCAUGGACCAGUACGUGGAAAUGAACGUCUUUAACAUAGCUCUAGAUGAGGAUGAAGAACGCCCGAAGGAGCUACAUAGAGGCAAAAGCGAAGAUUUGGACUGUCGGAAAAAAUAUGAACCGGUUGCUAUAACCUCAAUGUAUGAAAAUAUGAUCAUCAAGCAGCAGAAUCCGAGACGGAAAUUGAGAAGAAAUCCUGAGGUUUACGAAGAGUACGAUUUUUCGAAAAAAGAAGAACCGAUAGCGAGUAGUUCGGCACCGGAAACGACUUUUGUCAGCAGUGCUUUUAUUAUGAUCGGGGAUGAGGAGAGUAAGAAUUGUAAUUAUCCAAUGAGUCCGACUCAUUACAAACAGCCUCCCACUCCCGAUCAUCCUCCGCCUUCGGCCUUACAAGCCGAAAGUUUGAUUUAUGAGAAAAUAAGGCCGCUGAGUCAGGAAUACAAACGCCAAUCCAAAGACAUGGAAACCGAAACUGAGGAAGAGUUCCUUCUAAUCUGCGACGAAUCAAGCGGCAGUCUUUCUAGCAGCGUUUCACUAUCUGACCGCAGUGUCGACAACAUAAUCGAAGAGUACCACUCAGACGCUCCUUUCGCAGGUACUUUGGUUCUUCAUCCGAAAUUAGCAUCAAACCAUCCCCUUGUAGGUCUUAUAAAGGGUUCGACGCGAGUGCUUGAAAACAUCAGCUCGAAUACUCCGGCCGAAAGACCGAAAACACUAAAAAAACUAAAACGCGUUUAUGACGGUUCGAGUACUGAUGCUGCGAAAAGCGACAACGAAAAAUCCUCGAGUUCUGAAAAGGAAUAUGAAAAUAAGGAAAAUAAAGAUCGCGUUUCGGCCUUGAGUCCGUUCGAUGAGCAGGAGGAAUGGGCGAAAAUCCAAGAAAUCAUGGCGAGUUUUGGGACAGGGAUAGUCCGGGAGAGUGUUUUUGUGGCGGAGUUGGAAAAGGAGUUUCAGAGUCGAUUGAUGACUUUAAGUUGCUCUCAAAAUAGUCUACACGCAGAUUCUAUUGAGAAAUGGUUGCAGACUUUAGGAAUGCAAGAUUAUGUUGGGCUUUUUAUGUCAAACGGUUUCGAUGAUGUCAAUUUUUUGAAUGGAGUGAUUGAAGAUAGUGACUUAAGCGAAAUGGGAAUUACGAGUGAACUAGAACGCCAAAUAAUUUUAGACGCUGUCAAACAGCUUCCUUUAAAAAUUCACAAUCAAAGUUUUAAUAACAAUAAUAACAACGAACAAAAUUCGGUCAAAAGUUGGUUAAGUCGUAUCCACUUGGACCAGUAUUUUGACACCUUCAAUAAACACCUUUACCAUGACAUGGAACGAAUUAAACGCAUCUGGGAUGUUGAGCUUUCGGCCGUUUUAGAUAUUGAUAAGAUAGGACAUAGAAAACGGAUUUUGGCUAGUGUUAGUAGUGGCGAACAUAUCAUUUCAGGGCCAAAACUUGAAGAGAUUAAUGCCGAUUUAAACCUACUCAAAAAUCAGGAAUUAAAGUCGCCUUCGGCUCAUUCUACUGGUACUAUAAGACACAGACAUAAAAAAUCGCGUCCAGCACCUCCACCACCAGUAAAAAUUGACAAAGAAAGUGAAAAGAAAAAACCAGCUGAAAUGUUUGUUGGAGGUAACAACUCGAUUAAAUCGCAAUGGAGACACCAACCUAUACUUUUGAUAACCGGAAUUGUUAUGUAUUCAGCUAACUAUUUGGGCUCGACGAACAUAAUCGAAUUCAAAGGAACCGAAUCGACCAAAAAAUCUAUUCAGAAAGUGGUCAAAAACAAAGAAAGAACAAGCGAGGAAAUAACUUUAUCGAUUUCUUACCGUGGAGUCAAAUUUAUCAAUCCUAUAACGAAGAACACCAUUUGCGAACACGAGAUUCGGAACAUCAACUGCGCAUGCCAGGAUUUGGAUAACCAGUUUUAUUUUGCGUACAUAACGAAAGAUGGCGACUCUUUCUAUUGUCACGUGUUUGAAUCUACAUCAUCGGAGCAAGCGAUUGAAAUAAUUCUGACUUUGGGUCAAGCAUUUGAAUUGGCUUAUCAGAUGGCCGUGAGGGAUCAAGUGACGAGCAAAGGCAAGACAAAAUCAGCGGUGAGCCCUGGAGCGGUGUCUUCACACAGUCGCGAUUUCAAGGACUUGAAGACUAACGGCCACCCUCUGAAAAUGAAACCAUUGACUUUAUCGAUUGCUGCCGACCCGGAGAAAACCGAAGAAUAGGGAGUCACUGCCGCGCUUUUUAGUUUGUGAUAUCAACUUUUGGAUGUUGGAUGUUUUUGCCAAAUUUUCCUGUCGCUGGAUAUUUCUGAGUUGCUCAAAUAUACAAGUUUUCUGAGAUUGGGAGCAAUAUUGACAUUUGUUUUCAUACAAUCACUUUUGUAAUCGUUUAAUACACCAUAUAUACCACACAAUUUUUCUAUAUUUUUUCGUAUAUGAACAAUCUUCCAAGUUUUGUAACUAUAUAAAUAAAGAUAUUUAGAGUCUCUCUGAAGUGUGUACAUAUAUAGGGACUUAGAAGCUUUAAUCUGUAUUUAGCAGGGUUUUCAAGUUGUUUUUUCGUCUAUAAAAUUAUAAAAUCGUUACGAAAUUGCAUUCCAAAUGCUUAGUUAUUUGGCUCGAUUACGUUUAGGUGUCUAAAAAUUGUAUCUAUUGCAUGUGGGAGCCAAAAAAUACAUAUUUUAAUGUAAAUAAUGUAUUAAAAAAUGAUUUAAUUGCGCUUUUAAUGAAAAAAUCAGUUGAAAACUACAGUUACGUUUAUUCAGUUUUUAUUACUUUUGUAACUUUUAAUUGUUUUUCAAUAAAUGAUAUU